UUCCUGAGAUAAGAAUGAAUGGGGCCAGGCGAGACUCGAGAGGCAUCCCUAAGGGCGCAUAAUGAACAUCCUGUGGUUCUGAACAGUGUGUGAAUCGGAAGUGGAAGUGGAAGUGGUGCGAGUUGAGGGAUCCGACGAGGAUGUCGUCGAUUGGUUCGCCGAAGAAGCGGCUGAAAUCCCCAGUAGAGGGAGAUGAGGGCGUUUGUUGCGGGAUUUGCUUCGCCGAGCGCGGGGUUUCGAUCGCAGGGGAAAUCGAUUGCUGCAGCCAUUACUUUUGCUUCGUCUGCAUCAUGGAAUGGGCCAGGCACGAGUCUCGAUGCCCAAUUUGCCGCCAGAGAUUCACCAACGUUCGCAGACUCCCUAUGCUCGGCGUCAUUUCUUCCUCUCGUGACGUUAAGGUCCCUCAUCGUGAUCAGGUUUAUCAUCCUCAUGGUAAUGUGGCAACUGGUCCUGUUGGUUCUUAUGCUGAAACCAAAUGUAGUACAUGUCAUGCUGAGACAGAUGAACAUCUCCUACUACUUUGUGAUCUUUGUGAUACUGCUUCACACACAUAUUGUGUUGGCCUGGGCUAUACUGUUCCCGAAGGUGAUUGGUUUUGUCACGAUUGUGCUAUAUCCCGGGAGACCAAUACCAAUGUAGAAUCAAACCACCAAAAUGUUUCACCAGCAGCUGAGCCAAGUGUAACCAUUGAUAUCUCUGAUAUUGUGAGGGAAACUGGCAGCCGGGUGGUUAAAAAACAGCCAAGGGCAUCUUACUUACAACAGAAUCUGUCAUCUCCUUCACAGCAGAACCUAUCAUCUCCUUUACAACAGUACCUGUCAUCUCCUUCUGUUAUUCCGUCAUCUGAUAGAUUGAGCAGAUUCAAAGGAAAAAGUCCUGUUGUAGGUGUCCAUCAUAUGCAGUGUAAUAUACAGUCUCUUCGUCAAAAUUGGAAUGCUUUGAGAACUGGUUCAUUAAGGUUCCAUGGCAAUUCAUUUCAACCUGGCAGCACAGUUAGUCAAAACCAAGAUUCUAGUUCCUUAUCACAUCACAUAUUAGAUGAUUCGCAUCCUAUGGCUUCCACAAGCCUUCAACAAUCCUCUGUCCAAGGUGGUCCUUCUAACAAAACGUUGACCAAGAGAGACUCUAAGGAUGUUGACAAGGCUUGGAAAAUGAUGGACAGGGCAAAGAGGACUCAACCAACUCAUCAAAGAACAUGCAGUAUUCCGCAGGGAGUGGAUAAACCCUCAGGCAGUGGAGGAGCUAGAAAAUUAUCAUUUGGACAUUGUAAUGUCCCAAAACUGAAAGAUCAACAUUCCAAAACAUUAGACUUGAGGAACAUUAAAAAAGAGAUGUGUGAAUAUUCUAGACUUGACCACAAUUUGAAAAAUCGCUCAAUUCUGAAGUUGGGAGAGAAAAAGCAAAGUAGGGUUACAUGUGAGGAGAUGAUGCAUGUGAGGGACUAUACUGAUCAUUCAGAAGGAUAUUGUGAUCGUCCAUUGUCCAGAAAGGUCCAUACUAGUAUCCAGGCUGUUCCCUGUCGUGAAGAUGGAGAGAGAAAUGGUGCUGAGGAACAAAGCUCAUCUGCUUGCUUGGUAACUUCAGCAGAUUUAGCUUCCUCUCAUGGCAAGUUUGGUGGUGUAUUCUCCUAUAAUAGGGAUGUGGAUCUUGUUGAUGAAGAAAAGAGAUUGGCUAAAAGCUUUGAGGAUGGAAACACAAGAACAACUGACGAUGCUAAAACUGAGAUCCAGUCUCUUGUUAAGUUGAAUCUGAAGCUCUUAACUAGAGAAACAAAAUUAGGUGUUGAUACCUUCAAGGUAGUGGCAAGGCAGGCCACCCAUACCAUAUUGGCUGCCUGCAGUUCCGAACAACCAAAGUCUAGUAUAUCCUCUAGUUCAGUAUGCAGCCAUGCCGACAAUGCUCUUCAGUUUCAGAAAUAUACUUUAAUGCCUAAUUGUUGCAGGCAAUGCUUUUAUGCCUUUGUAAACAAGGUUGUCAAUUCCAUCAUGUUGGAGAAACUAGGUAGCGCUUGAUCUACAUUAAUUUGUUUUUUCUUUGGUGAGAGUACAUUAUGUGUCUUUGAUUGCUGUGAUUAUUGUUCUCAUGCAGCUACUCUGUAAACUAAAAAUAAAAUUAUGUUAAUUCGUGGCUCAAGAAAUUGCAUUGUAAGUUUUAUGAGGUAGGGGAAAGCAGUGUAUUAUACUAUUAUUUACUUUCCACCUAGACCUGGAUGAAAUACAAGUUGAGAAUAUAAAUUGAAAA